UAUAUUUAUUUAUUUUUAUUUUUAUUUUUUGUUUUGUCUUUUCUUUUCUUAAAAGAAUUAGGGUUAAGAGUUUGAUUAUUUUAAAAAGGGGACCUCAAGAUGCGUGAAGUAAAGAAAAAAAAAAAGGAAAAAGGGAAAAUCUUCUUCUUCUCCCAGCCGCACGCCUCCCUCUCUAAGCCUUCUUCUUACAGCCACGCGAGGAGCCCACUGCCUAGCCGUAGCUGCCGUCGAUCGCGCACCAGGAGGCGUCGUCGUUCGUUGUCGACACGAAGCUGCGUUCAUCCAGCCGCCGCCAACGCCACGCGUCCUUGUUGAGUUUGUCGUUCCAAACGUGCGCCGCGAUUGCCUCCAUCGACCUCAGUCAAGUCCGCUGUCGCCGUAAAGAUGCGAGCCAUGCCAUCUUCAGCUGUCCUUAACUGCGUUCUACCGUUGUCGUCAAGGCCAUCGACACCCGCGGCAGUGGUUGUCCGUACAGCGUCGAGCCUGCUCAUGUGGCCUCUGUUCGCGUAUUGUGGGAGACUGAAGUGGAGGUUCUAAGGCGCAACCAAAGCCUUCAUUGAUUGUUUUAGGCAAGUUUUGGGGGGGCUUUGAUUCAAGCAUUUGCUAAUUUAGGAGAGAGCUUCAGCUAUUCGUUUCCUUUUGCAUGGGCCUAAACCCAAGGUAAGCAAUUUACUAACGGUUGCCCUUGAACCUAAGCAUGCGUAUCACUGGUUCCAAUUGGAAUGUAAUAUUUUGAUAUGUCUAUAUAUGGAUGGAUGAAUGGUGAACGUUUAUGUAGUCUUAGCAUGAUUUAUGACGUUGGAUGAAUGCUUGUCUGUAUGAGAUUGCAGUGACUGUUAACGUUUCCAUUGGGACCACCACUUAUGCUUACCUUAGUACCUACCAAGGUCUCUACUUAUGAAAGCGUGCCUUCAGGUUCACCCCUUAUGCCUAUGCCUAUGAUGUUGCUGUGCACCCGUGUCCCGAUGGAAAGGCUAGCAGAUUAGGCUUAGUAGUGGGUCGCUUUUUGAGUAUACAUAUAUACUCACCCUUUUUUUUUUCUCUCAUGUUUUUCAGGUAAGGGCAAAGAUAAACCCCACAUGACAAGAGAGAUUUGUGACCUGACCAUUUGGACGACUUAUUGCUUCCAUACUUAGGUUUCAUUUACUAGUGUUUGGUUUAGGAAUCAGACAUUUUAAAAUCCUAUGAAACAUUCCUUGAUUUCAUUUAUUGAUUUAUUUAAUUGUUAUUUAUUUUAAAGUUGGGUUAGAGGUACCUUGAACGGUAUUUCCAGGAUUUCUCUUCUUUAUUUAUUUCAGUUUUAUUUAAUGAAAUAACUUUUUUUUCUCUUUUAUUUAAUUAUUCUUCGAGAAAUGUAUUGCAAAGCCUAUGCAUGCAUAGAGUAGCGUCCUAGAAAUAUACUAGAAAUUUGGGUCGUUACAGUUGGUAUUAGAGCCUAAGUUUUAGGUUCUAUAGACUGACUUACAUCGUGAGUCCAAACUGUUCCUUAUGGCCACAAAUGGAUCUCUCGUCAUCGCCAGGUAUGUCGUUUAAAGUUCUUUAGGGAAUUAUGUAUGAAAUCUUACCUGUUGUGUAGCCAUUUGAUGGUUUACCCUGCUAGUGUUUAUUAAAGCGUUACGUGUGGUUAUCGGGCUAAGAAAGUAGUUGGGGAGCAGGACCCUAACAUACAAGACUUUGAGGUGCAGAGCCAAGAAGUGUGGGACCCGCCACCUCGUGACCCUUAUGGUCAACCUGGCAAAGAGUUAGACCAAAAGCGGGCCUCGAACUUUGACUGUGCCCUCGCCAGAAUCGUCAUCCUAAAAAAUUCCAGUAGAAUGCACAGCCAUGACUACAGUUGGGAAUUUCGUCACACAGGCCGUAAUAAGGCAACUAAGGGAUAUGGUGGCUGAGCAGAUAGCUCAGCACGCACAGCCGCAGCAGGUUCCAUCCUCGUCGGUCCCGUUACCACAACUUCAGAAUCAAAGUAGGGCCCUGAACCGGACUGUGGCAGACCCUUCCUUGGAGGCCAGAUAUCUAUGGGACUUCAAGCAUUAUGAUCCCUAGACAUUUAACGGGUCCCUGAAAGACGCCACAAACGCAGAGUUGUGGUUUUCCAUUGUGGAGGGGAUUUUUCAGUACAUGAGGUGUCCAGAGGAGCAGAAGCUGCAGUGUGCCGCUUUUGUUCUCAUUGAUAAUGCCAAGUGUUGGUGGCGGCUAGCUGAAAGAAUGAUAGAAACCAGUGGGGGCCGAGCCACGUGGGACCAGUUUAAGGAGCAAUUUUACGAGAAGUACUUCUCUGCUCACGUGAGGUACAACAAGCAGGCUGAGUUUAUGAAUCUGAAGCAGGGGACCAUGACAGUAGAGGAGUAUGAGGAGAAGUUUACCAGGUUGUCUUGCUUCGCCCCUGAUCUGGUGUCUACUGAAGCAAAAAGAGCUGAAAGAUUUGUGCAAGGACUUCGGGACGAGGUGCGAGGUAUUGUGCAAGCUCUGGAGCCUCCCAACUAUGCCACAGCAUUCCGAGCAGCAGCACGUGUGGGCUAUCCUUCAGGGAUAGAGUUCUCGAAGUCCUUGACAGAGGAACCUGCCUCAGGCCAGAAGAGGAAAGUUGAGCAGAAAGCUCUGGGACCUUCGCAGAAGGUUCAAAGUACAGACAGGUCGCAAGGGCAUGCCCAACGGCACGCUACUGCUUCAGGAGGAGUUUGGAGGGAAAGACCAGUGUGCAAGUCGUGUGGAAAGCAUCAUUGGGGAUACUGUUUGAUUGGCACGGGGACUUGUUUUAAAUGAAAGCAGGCAGGGCAUACGACAUACCAAUGCCCUAGUAGUGGUUCCGAAAGUGCAGAGGGUCAGCCCCCGAGUUCGCAUUAGGGUAGUUCAAACUGACAGCAACAGUAGGGUCGGGUCUAUGCCACCAAUCAUCGGGAAGCUGAGUAUUCGUGAACAGUAGUGAUAGGUACGCUCCCAAUCUUGGGGCAUAUGCCUUGGCAUUAUUUGACUCUGGCUCGUCUCACUCUUUCAUUUCAUCGUUGUUCAUAAAGCAUGCUAUGCUAGUUUUAGAACCUCUGGGUUAUGUUUUAUCAGUAUCUACAUUGUCAGCAGAAAUUAUGAUAGCAAGUGAAAAGAUAAAAGCGUGUCAAUUAGAAAUAACGAAUCGCAUCCUUAAUGUGACUCUAAUAGUGUUAAACAUGUGAGACUUUGAUGUGAUUCUGGGCAUGGAUUGGUUGACUGCCACCCAUGCUAGCAUAGACUGUUCUCGUAAGGAGGUGAUUUUUAACCCCCCUAGGGAAGCCAGUUUUAAGUUCAAGGGGGCCGGGAUGGUAGUUUUUUUUUAUUUUAUGUCCUAAAACUCGUGGUAUGUAAACAAUGGAACUUAUUCUGAAAAUUCAAUAAAGGUAUUAUUGAAUA